AUGAGGGCUUGUUUGUUCUUACUCGCUCUCCUUGGCGCUACCAGCGCAAAUCUCCUCAGGCCAGACCAGUUUUACCCGCAGCUGGACCUACUCUUCCAACCUCUGGACGGCGCGGACUACCAAAACAUCGUCAGAAGACCCGACAGCGACGAACGGACGAACUACGACGACUAUCCAGUACCUGCCUCUAAAGAAUGGACGGCCCCAUUCUUUACAAAGACCAUCCAACGCGAUACACCCAAAUUUGGAGACGCCAUCACUUGGAAGAGAAUCCAAAUCGCGGCAGGACCUAAAUCGCCUGUCAACACCAAAAAAGACAUCGAAAGAAUCUUCGGUGACGCUUACAAUACUCUGCAACACAUCACCGAAGAGGAAAAGAGGAAUUUCCACAAGGUCUUCGAAGUAUCCGUCCACAGCGACGUCGAAGGCGCCCCACACGUUCACAUGAACGCCACAGAUCUUCUCAGAAACCGCAAUUAUAACGUUGAAGAGCAUUCCGUCCAGACCGACGACGGCUACAUCCUCACCAUGUUCAGGGUUUUACCCAAACAAGUCACUGAUGAGAAACGCCCCGUCGUAUUUCUAAUGCACGGCCUGUUGGGAAGCGCCGACGACUGGCUGUUGAUGGAUAAAUCACUAACCUACAUGCUAGUCGACGCAGGUUUCGAAGUAUGGCUCGGAAACGCCCGCGGUAGCAGAUACUCGCGUCGCCACGUGAGCAAACAUCCGGCUCUAGCCGACUUCUGGAAGUUUAGCAUCGAUGAAAUCGCUGACCACGAUCUGCCGGUGAUGAUCGACUACGUAUUGCGUACGUCUAAACACGAGAAGCUGUUCUACGUGGGUCACUCGCACGGCACGACCGCUUUCUUCGCUCUGGCUUCCACGCGGCCAGAAUACAGAAACAAGAUAGCGAUGAUGCACGCCCUCGCCCCCAUGGUCUACAUGACGAACGCGCGCAGCCCUUUCAUUCGCAUGCUAGCCCCAAACAGUCCGUUCUACGACAGCCUCCGCUACCAGCUCGGUUACGGUGAGUUGAAGCUUAAUAAGGAACUGGUGCACACGAUUGGCGGAGACAUGUGCCAGAACGAGAUCGGAUGUAAACACAUAUGUAACAACGUCAACUUCGUCGUAACGGGCAUGAACCCCUCCAACAUGGACGUGGACUCUGUCUCUGUGAUCAUGAACCGCAUGCCAUCGGGGGCAUCUACGCGCCAAAUCAAGCAGUACGGUCAGUCUAUGGCGGCCGGCGAAUUGAGGAAGUACGACUACGGUAUUGAUACAAAUGCUCAGGUUUACGGUACUAUCCUACCACCCAGAUACAAUAUGACCGAGGUGAAAGUACCAGUAUUCCUAUACCACAGUGACGACGACUGGAUGGCUCAUCCCGCUGACGUGGAGCGGCUGCGCAAGGAAUUGCCCGAUGUCAGAGACUUCUACAGAGUCCCAGUGGAGCACUUUAGCCACAUGGACUUCCAGUUCUCCCGCAGGGCACCGGAAGUUAUCAACGAAAGAUUGGUUCAGUCUAUUAAGAAUAGUGCCUUCUGA